CGGUCUAUGUGUAUACCUUGAUUUAUAUUUAUGCACAUAGUCAUAGUAUAUCCUGUAUAUACGUACAUACAUAGUAUAUACCAUCAUACAAGUACAUGUAAUGAUGUAUCUGGUAAGCGUAGUAAUAUCAUACGCGUCUAGAUAGAGUGUUUGAAUUGUGAUUGGCUGCAUGUGAGGAGCGUUAUAUAGCGACGAACGACUGUAUAAAAACAGACAGCAUCACAACACGCACGAAAGUUCUCACAAUCGAAACCUUCCGAUAGAGAAUAGUGAGUCCAUUAGGAGACACUUCAUACAUAGAUACAGCAGAAAUAGGCUGAAAAUGGCUACAACAGAUACAUCCGUUGACAUAGAUGUCACGGUGUCUAUGCCUGUGACCAUCGAUAGUGCAACACGAGCGGCAACAACUGUAUCUGCAUCUGCAUCUGAUGCUGUGAAUUUAAGCGAGGGCCUGAACAACGUGCAUCUAAAUCCUCCAGAAACAAACAGUGAUGGACACGCAGUAGCAUCAGAUGCACAUGAACGUUCAGAAGAGACUGUUAUAGUGAAGGUCAAAGCCGAGUUUGAGACCCAGACUAUCUUCUUCGGGCUUAGGCGCAGGCAGUACGCAACUGAUGCGGAUGCAUCUGAUACAACUCACUCUGAACUUAAAGAUAAUGCCAACAGCACACGCGCACAUCCUGAUAGUGCACAAGGUCAGUCAAGAUCGAUCCCGAGUGGUGGUGCUAGUGGGAGUGCAGGUGCAAGCACCCAACCCUCACACGAUAGCGUGCACGGUGCCAAUGAAAGCGCUGAGAUUGAAGGCAAGGGCAAGUCGGCUGUGGUUGUCGACCAUGGCAAUGGCAACACCAAUGAUGUUCCGCCACCACGACAGAAUGCAUCGGGUGCUCUCAAAGGUCCAUUCAGAACCCGAAGCGGGCGCAUAGUUGCCAAGUCGUCCAAGCGAUUCGUGCGCUCAUUCGGACAGUUUCAGCAGCUACAUGAUUACCUGCUGGCCAAGUAUCCGGCUAAGUUUGUACCAUCCCUGCCCACCACACCCUUCUCCCGGCUCCUGACUGACCCCGAGCACAUUGACAAGAAGAAACGGCGUGUGAUGGUGUUCCUUGACCGCAUUCAGACGCCAGGCUCGGCCUUUGCACAGGAUAGUCACGUACUGGCAUUCGUGCAUCCCGGCGUAUUUGCGGGGACAACCAUCCUGCCGCGUUCCCCCACACUUGCGGAUGAAGUGUCGCGUGCAGGGAGUGUGCUAUCGAGUAUGUUCGGGUCGUUCUCUAGCAGUGGCGCUGGUGACGGUGUAGGUGACGGGCACACCGGAGUGUCGAAGUACGUACCGUUCAUGUCGGCGUUUAAGAGCAUGUACUCGUCUGCUAGGAGAGGCUCCGUCACAGACGACGACCAAAACAUCCAAGGGGGUUUGCUCGACUUUGACACUCUCAACGCCGGCGUGACGCAUGUGUUGUCGGAUUGCAAUGCUGUCGUAGAGAGCAUCACAGAGAGUGACACCACACGACGGGAGACUGCCGUCUACUACGCACGCUUAGCCCAAAGUCUACACCAUCUCAGCCGAGCCGAGCCUCGGGGAAUAUACGCUGAUCUGCUGGCUCUGUCGGCCCAUGCUUUCUCCUCCAUGAACCAACUUACAUAUCUUCAAGCAAGGAAAACUGUUAACAGUGUGGGAGAUGCGUACACACAGCUCAUUCGCGACAUUCACAAUGUCAAGCGUACCAUCGACCACCGCAACGAAAAACUCAAAUGCUACGAAGACGAGGCCAAACAUGUCCGCAAGACUUCUCGAGUGUUUGCCGUAAGUAGAACGAGUGGAUCGGGUGCUACGGCAUCGGAGACAGACGCCGCGGAGAGGGCUCACACACAGGCUAUGAAGGAUAGAGAUGAGGCCAAAAAGAUAUACAUGGAGACUCAGUCCGCCCUGACCGAUCAGUGGGCCAGCUAUGACAAGUAUCGCGUGGGACUAUUAGACGAGUCAAUCACGUCUUAUGUAGAUACGCAGUAUACCUGUGCGAAGGACCAAUUGGCAGUGUGGGAGACGCUCCUUAAUGAUUUGACCGGUGAACAGCCUACUGAGACUGUAUCGUAGUUGUGUACAUAAAGAAGCGAAUUCCGGCUACGAAAGCACGUCGGCUAGUGUCGACUAAAUCAGGCACAAACGCGAAUUGAUAUAACAAAUAUCCUAUUCCGUCCUAGUUUCUCAUUGGGGUCAGUAUCAGAUAUUUUGGGAUGCUUAUAUCUGACCAGCUAUGUAGACUUCAAAUUCUAUCUAAAUCAUGGCUUGACCAUAAGACAUAACAUGCUAAGC